AGUUUAAACAAGCCGCUGUAGACGGGAAACGCGUAAACAGGUGAGCCGCAAUUUCAAUGAACUUCAUCUCAUUCUCGUACGAAUUUUGGUUCUCUUAUUAAUCUAAGACAAAACGCGCAUGGCCAUUAAUCAAAAAAUGUAUUUAUAAUCUUUUAUUAAUAUCUAACUUUACUUUUUACCCAGUUUGGCUGCGUCUGAAUCUUAAUUAUGAGGCCAUGUUUACGGGGUUUUAAAAAUAAAAACUACUUUAUAGUUUAUAAUUUAUACCUAGUACAAGGAACAAGGGCGUCAGUCACUGAGUCAGUAUCAUGAGUAUGUAAUGUCUCAUGAUGUACCUACAUGCAUCAGUUUCUCUAAAAUAACUAUCAUUAUCUUGCAGAAAUCAAAGCCUCGAUCUAGCUAUCCAUCUGCUAUGAAUAAUGAAUGUAUAGACAAUUUGGCUACAUCCGAGGAUGGCUGCCACGGCCUCUUUUGUGUGUUUUAUAUUUUAGUUGCAGUGAAUUAAGGUUUAAGUUAGGUUGAGGGAUCGAUUUAGGGUUCAGGUUAGGCAUAGGGAUCGAUUUAGGGUUCAGGUUAGGCAUAGAGAUCGAUUUAGGGAUACAUUCGUGAAAUUUGAUAAAAUUAUUAAAAGAGGCAGGCAUCCCCAUUGUUUACCUACAAUUUAAUAUUGUUGGGAUUUGCUCGAACUCCAGUAAAUUUAGGCCUAAUUAAAGUGGACCUCUUAGACAACUUACUGCUUAAACUUAAUGAUAAAAAACUCUACUCAGACAUAUUUAUUUUAUUAAGGAGACACCCGAAAAACACAUUAAAUUAAAUUUUGCAAUACCAAGCUGCCUUUUUUAUAAAAAUUUCUUAUCAAAUUUAAACUCAUUUUAAUUUGGUUAAUUUUCAGUGAAAAAUUGUAAAGAUCAUGGAUGAUUAUUCAAAGAUUGAGAAAAUUGGCGAAGGUGAGUACAUAGUUUUAUUAGUCUGCAACAUUUUAUCAAUUCCAUCCAGUUCACCUUAUUUGCAGUGACCAGAUUUCACUGGAGCUAACUAGGGUUGGGGUGAGGAAGCCCCUCUUUCUCCUCAAAGUAAGACAUGCUUUCAUGAAGAGUAAAGAUCAAAUUCAUUGGUGUUCAGGUAUAUAGUAUAGUAUAGCAUACUGUAUGCUAGGAACAUGCCGGUACCGAUUUCUUUAUGUUGUGUUAAUCAGGCAUAGCAAAUGACAUAUUUGUGUACAAUAAAGUCUAAGUUUAAAAGUCCAGAAGUUUUUUGGUUAGAAUUUAUUAAUGCUUUCUGAGGUUGAACCUGUCACUUUUUCAAUGUUCAUUAUUCAUAAAAGGAAAAACAGCUAGUCAGUGAGUUACUAACUAGUGAAUUGUAAUUAAUUUCAUAAUCAUGACACACUAAUAUUUCUAAGAUGAUUAGAUAGCUCUCAGGGCAUCAGGAGAUUUAAUAACACAUUAUAAAAUUUGUCACAUGAUUCACUGGAAUUGCAAUUGACAACCAGCGUAUAUUUCAUUGCAUUGACUUUGAGUUGCGAUUUAGCUGGUAUUCACAUGGUGUUAACCCUUCUAGUACUGACCUACUUUUUUGCUAUGUACAGCUUCAGUACCAACUACUAUUUUGCUAAUUAUUCCCUCUAGCCCAGACAUUAUUUGUAAUGAGCCAAAAUUUUAUAGGUUUGAAAAUUAUUUUGUUUUAAACAAUUGAUAUAACAUGUAGAUAAUUAUCUGUUCAGAAAUGGAUAAGGUGUUAAAAAUAUUAAUGUUUUUUUUGUUCAAAUUUUUCAUUUGCAAUGGCACACUAGGGGGGAUUGUGUGGAUAGCAGUGUCCAGUCGAUCUUCAUACGUUGGCACCUGGCCUACAAUCUGUCAAACCUACAGGUUCCUGUAGGUGUAAAUUUUGAGCUAUAGUAGGCCUAUUUCCUUCAGUAAUUUCACCCCCACUCCCUUUUUUUUUUUUUUUUUUUUUUUUUUUUUUUUUUUUUUUUUUUUUUUUUUUUUUUUUUUUUUUUUUUUUUUUUUUUUUUUUUUUUUUUUUUUUUUUUUGUACAUCAGAAUCAUCUAAUCCCAAUUAAAGCUCAAUAAUAGUUCCAGAACAAAAGGUUUCAUCAAGUGAGCCUAAGUCGCCAUCACCAAUAAAUAGAGAUCCGCACACACAAAAAAACUCAGUAAUUGGUCGAUUUUCAUAAUUUUAAAAGGCAAAAUAAAAUUAGACUAAUAAAAAAACAAAAACGAAUAAAUGUUCUGCUCGAGACUGGUAAAAGGUUAUAUCCUCGUUUUUGUGUGUUUAUAUUAGAUACUGCUCUAUGUGGCAAAUAGAUGCGCUUGGGCCACAGGGGAAAAAGUAGGUCACUGCAAAAAGACACGUCCGGUACUGUAAGCAGACCUGAAAAGGAGACACUCUGCUGCUGAUUGAAUAGAAUUGCGAACAGUGUGUGCUACACAUCCAAGGACUUAAUGACUCAUUGUUUCAUUUAGUUUGCAAUAUAUAUUGUUUUUCCCCUUCUCUCUGCAUCACCAAACUUUGUAUUGGCAUUAUGGGCAAAUAAAGUUUCUAUGAAAGCUGAUGUGAUUCCAGAGUUUCCAUAAUAUAUUGGUGCUGUAGAGCAGAUUUUUCUGCAGGUAAAUCUUUAAAUUCAAUGCUUUUUACUUUAAUUCCUGUUGAUGGCAAAAAAUAGUGAACAAGUAUAGAAAAAAUGUUCAACCUCUUAUGAUUGGGUUCAUCGAUGAACAUAAACAUUUGCAUUUUCCAGCUUAUCUUUCAAACUUUUCAUUGCAAGGAGUGAGAAAACUUUCACAACAAUUGCUUCUGUCUAUGUUCUUGCACAAGUAAAAUUUGCUUCUAAAGUUUUUUAUCAGCUUUGCGGUACAGUCCAUGGAACGGAUAUUGUGGUUGUGACUGACUGUGUGGUAUGUCAUAGUAUUUUCAUUUUUUCGACAAUUUACAUUUAUAAAUAACUCUGUAUAACUUUUUGAAGACACACUUGCACCUACUGCUCUUGUGUGCCUGUCUGUACACCAAGUGGUUAGAAAUAUCUGUAUCUGCCGUUAUGUGCUACAGAAAAUACGACAUAUUGCACCAUGCGCCUGAUUCACUCUGUGUUUGUGUUUAAGCAAGGAUAUUUUUUCUGUAGAGUCUCAUUAAAUUGGCAUUCUCUUUUCUGGCAUCCUAUCCUGCACAUACAUGUGCAUGUCCCAACUCCAAAAAAUGGAAAAGCAAACCAAAUUUCAAACGGGCAAAGGUAAAAGCAAUGUCACUCUGAAAGAAAACAACUAAGACAUAAUUUGCAGACAGUACAGAAUACAGUUAGUGUGUACUGCAGGGUUGAACUUACAUUUCAAAAGAAAAAUAAUAAAGUUUGUCAGUCCUUUCAGCUUUGUCGUAUAAAAUUAAGUUUAAUUGAAUAUUGUUCAGGUCAAACGACAUAAUGGUAAGUGAUCAACCUUUAUGAAGGUGAGAGUGGGCCUAUUGGCUAAUCUUAUGUACGAGGACAAAACAUGUCUUGUCACUUGUAAGAAUGUAAUGAUCUCUAUGAAACAGCAACCAAUGCAUGGCCAAUAUUAUCCAACUAUCCAUUCACUUCCGCCUUUGGCCCCACCUUCCGUAAUUUCCAUGCUGCAAAAUUUCCACCAGUAGACGUAAGACUCAGAAGGUCAACUAACCAUCUGACGUCAUAAUGGGCAGAAAAGUAUGAGCUGGCAUCAAAAUGGGUUGAGUGAAAAGUAAGCAGUUCAUCGGAAAAUAUCACAUGCCGGACAUUUUCUGACCUUUUGAGGAUGGCAUGAUAUGUGAUGCAAAAAUAAUGACUUUCCUAGGUAAACUAGGACUUCUUCUCACCGUACCUUAGUCACUAUAGCCUUUGUUACCUAUAAAAGUAUUGUUGAAACAAGAUAACAAUUAUAUUUUUAGCCUAUGGGCCUUAAACGUAGUUUAUUUAAUUUUGAUUCUCCUGCUAACUACUCUAGACUCUAUUCUGUUCAAUUUGUCAAUAGGCCUCUUAGUUCUAAUGUCUAUUAGGGAAAAUGUCUGUUUCCCUCGAUUUCCAUGAUGGUGGGCAUGUCAUUGCAACUAAGAUAGUGGUGUAUAUAUUUUAAAAAACUUAGUGCGAAAACACUUCUGCUUAAAUGGGGAGGGGAAGGAGAGAGAAUGUGGUGUUUUAGCUACUUGCAGAGCGAAACAAAAAUUAGGGAAAAAAAGCGCUAAAAUUUAAUGAAAUAAAAAAAAUUUAGAAAUACUUUCAAUCCUAAAAUUUACUACCUUAAAGUCAGUGACUCCCAACACAAGAGUUCCCCCCUUUAAAUUUAGUCUCUCUUCUUCCCCAAAUUUUAUUCCCUUUCUCCCCCCCCCCCCCCCCCCAACUUUAGCGUAUAUCUUUUUACCUAAAAUCUAUGGCCUAACGUGAACCCUAAAAUAGAGUUUUUAUGUGCUACACUAAGAAAAUCGUAAUUUUGAAUCAAAAGAUAAAAUCAUUUUUUAAAUAUUAAAAAUAUGAAAACCCAAAUAACGGUUUCAUUGAAUGUUUUUUUUACACACUUUAUUGCAGAUUCCACCUAAAAUAAAACCCUAUGUUGUCAGAAAAAUCAAUAUAGUAAUAAAAAAAAAAAUGAUUAAAGCUGGGAAAAAAGAGAAAAAAUAACUAAUAUAUAAAAGUAACAAAAGGUAGAGAAACCUACACAGAAAGUCAAAGUGUCGUGCCAGACAUUAACCUUCUAAUUGUCCUGCAAAUAGGCACACAUUUUUGAAGUGUUUGAAUGGCUUGCUGAUUAUUUUUUAUUUUAAUAAAUUUCAUUAAAGCCACCUGGGAGCAAUUAAAUGACUUCCAGGCAUAUCACAAAAAUGGAAAUUAAUUAUAAUUAUUGUUUAAAAGUUAUUUUUAACUUUUUUUUUUACUUAUGCACUUUUGUUUUAACAGGUACCUAUGGUGUUGUUUAUAAAGGCAGACACAAGAAAAGUAACCGUUUGGUAGCAUUAAAAAAAAUUCGACUUGAAUCUGAAGAAGAAGGAGUGCCGUCAACUGCCAUUAGAGAAAUUUCAUUGUUAAAGGAGUUGCAGCAUCCAAAUAUAGUUUCGUAAGUAGUUUAUGUGCUUGAAUUGUAACAAAAUAUAUUUGUCAGGGAAUCAUCAGGAUUGGCAAAUAUUAUCCAGAAAUGAAUGAGUAUAGCAAGACUAUUAAUAUAUAUAUAUUAAAAAUCUUAUGAGAUGAUGUGUAUGUCUGUAUUUUAAAACAUAGUGUUCCCAAUAUCUUAGUAAUGUAGUACUUGGUGCAAACAUUAAUAUGGAUUGAAUUAUAAGAAAGGAUAUUAAUCUAUUACUUGUUUUUUUAAAUCCAUUAUUGUUAAUUUAAAAAAAAUAACAUUGAAUUUGGUUCAAUUUAAUGUUACUUACACACACACAAAAAAAGAGAAUGCUAAAUUACAAAAGUUUGAUUACAUAUAUGGUGUUGUAGGUGCCAGUUUUUGAUAUGUGUCUGAUCUUAUCCAAACUGUCAGUGAAGAAUGUAGAAAUUUGAUAUUUGUUAGAAUCACAUAAAGCUACAUAUUUUUCAGGAAAAAAGGCUAAUUUAAGCAGAUUUUGUCAGUUCCUAACCGAAUUUAUGUUAUGAAAGAAAGGGUUUAUUUAAUAUCAAAUAUAAUUGGGGGGGGGGGGGGUGAUUUCUUUAAAUUUUUAAACUUUUAUAUCAUCUCAAUCUCCUACAAAUUUUUUGGCAAAGUAAUGAUGCCUUUUAAAAUAUGACUUCUAUUUUUUUUUUUUAUGUAGCCGAGUGGUGACAUGGCUUACAAUCACAAUAAAACAAUCAGGUCUGAGAACUAUAGCUUUUUAAUUUAAGGUACAAUCCGUUGAUAGACCCGACACAUCCGUUCCACAUCAGAAUCUCAAAUGUACACACUCCAAGUCCCAGUUUGCCCCCCUUCCGGUUUAAAUUUAAAUCACCCGCCUUAUAAUGCCCACAGUCACAGGGAACCCGCGACCCGAGCUGACCAUGGGUCAACCCCGGGGCAGGGAUGGUUAUUCCCAUGUGUAAAUAACUAAACAUAAAUUUUAAGCCCAGUACCCAGCUGUGUGUUACUUUAAAUGACCAUGGAUGUGUAAUGGCUUGGGGUUACCCUCAGCAGUCUCACUAUGACUAUGAGAGUGGAUUCUCUUAUUCCUGACUGUUGCAUACUGCUGCAUAUAAAAUGUUACCUAAAUGCAGUUGCAAAUAGAGGCACAUUGCCACAUAAAUGAAUUUAUAAAGAGAACUGUAUAAUUGAGGAAAUAAAGAUGUUACAUAUUUCAUAAAAUAUGUCUUGUGUUUUGUUUUUUAGAUUAGAAGAUGUCCUGAUGCAAGAGAACAAACUUUACCUGGUCUUUGAAUUUCUUUCUAUGGAUCUGAAAAAAUAUUUAGACAGUAUUCCUCCAGGAAAUUUUAUGGAUCCCAUGCUUGUAAAGGUACUUGCAUUGUAUUAAAUGUACAUUUCAGCGUCAAAUAUAAGGUGGAGAGUGUGCAGUUAGGUGGAAUUUGAAGGAAAUAAGGGAAACUAAGUAUGGGAAAACCUGAAAAAAGACAUAACAAAACAGCAAACGUAUUGACAAGAAGCCUUCUUCAGUGAACAAGCAACAGAAUCAAUAAUCUUACAAUAACUGCAAACUGGAAAUUUGAUUGAAAGAAGUUUGGUUGAAUCUUUUUUUCAGUUCACAAGUUAAAACUGUUGUCAAAUUUUUGUUUGAACGCACUAUACUAUAUAGUAACACAGAAUAAUGCGUUCAAAAAGAAGUGUAGCUUCAAAACAAUUUUUAAAUAGUUUUCCUUUUUCCGGAAUCAAAGUACUUGCAUAUAAUAAAAUCCAAAUUUGUGGGCUGAUAUCAUCGGAUUUAUCAUAAAUGUAAAAAGGAAAAUGUCCAGUCUAAUCUAAUGUCCGACCCUUGUCUUUUAAAAUUUUCAUGGCUUUGAUUUUGCUUCACUCAUUUAUUUUUUCAAAAAUAUUUUCUUAAUAUUGUUAAUGACCCAAAUAAUUAUUGUUCUAUUAAAGUUAAAUAGUUUAAAAACAAGCUUGUGCUAUUUAUCAAAUUAAUUUUCAGCCAACAUAUUUUUACUAUCAGGUCCCGGUCCCCCGGCACUAAGAGAGCCAAAUCUUUAUAUUUUACAGUCUGAGUCUUCUAACUUUAGGUUGGAUAACGAAAAAAAAAUUUAAAUAUUCCCUUGAACAUCUGUUGAAAAGCACCAAAGAUGGAGCUUUUUAUAUGAAAUAAAAUUAGGGCCCCCAUGCAAAAAAAAGAUGUGCAUGUGUAUUAUUUGUUAGAAAUCCAUCAAUAUUUUAAAGGGAUUAUGAAAGUAUGUUUGGCCUAGAUGCAAUAAUUUACGUAGAAGUAUGUAUUGUAACAUAAGGCUUAAUGUACAGCUUAGGCUAUUAAAAAGAAAAUAUAUUGUAGAACACUUCAAAUAUAUCUAUAAAACCAAUUUUAAAAUAUUUUAUUUAAAGGAAAUUUAUAGCAUUACAAAAACAUAAUACAGGACAUUUAUAUAACUUUUAAACCCUUAUAAAAAAUUGAACAUUCUAGAACUAGAACAGUGGUUCUUAACCUGGGUUCGAUCGAACCCCAGGGGUUCGGGGAGUCAGUCUCUGGGGUUCGGCAGAGGUCCAAACAAUUUUUUUUUAAAAAUAUUUUAUUUUUCCUAUUAAGAAGGGUUCGGUGAAUGUGCAUAUGAAACUGGUGGGUUCAGUACCCCCAAAAAGGUUAAGAACCACUGAACUAGUAUAAGAUGGAAACGUUUAAUGUUCAUUACAUAGCUGUCAGUACAAAAUCUAGAGAGAAACCAGACCUGUUUACCCUCAAACUCUUAAAUUUGUACAAUAUAAUCACAAAAUCGUUCACUACAUUAUGUUAAAUGUAAAAAAUAAAUAUAUAUAAUGUAUACACCUCAAAUUCGUACAUUGUACGUUAAAAUCGUAAGAGUAAACAGGUCUGGAGAAACUUAUUCUGAGGGGCGUUUAAAAAGCUAAUAAUGAAUUUAUAAUAUAUAAAUAUUUUUAUAUAAAAGAGGGACAUCAUUAUGGAAUGAAUUUUUUCCUUAUGUAACAAAUUUUGCAUUUGAGACAUUGUUAUACUCAUAAGUGCUCUCACCCAUUUAGUGACAGAUUUCCCAAAUGCUGAUUUGGGUAUAAAUCAGAAAACUAAUUCUCCCUUCCCCACAAUCUACUAUAUUAAGUUGAUAAUAAAAAUAAAUAUAAGAACCCCCAGGACUGUAACGGUAAACCCCUAGGUAUGUCAAAGCCCCCUUUUUGCAUGUCCCUAAACUGAUAAAUCUAAUCGAAUGUUUAAACCACACAAUGAACUGUAGUGCCGUAAAAUGGUACAACACUUAUUUCUGUGUAUUUACAUUUAAAGAAUGUGUUCGUAUCAAAUGGCUAAUCUUUUGUUGAAAUAAAUUAUUUCAAAUUUUGUUUGUAAGCCCACUGUUCUAAGCGAACAUAGAAUAAAGCUUUGUUUAAAUACAUUUCCAAACAAAAGCGCACCAUAAACGUAAAGGGGCACCAUUCUGAAAAAAGUCUUAUUAAAAAUGCUUACACCAUAAUUGAAGUCAAUAGGCAUUGCAAAAUAAUAUUUUACCCUCUACAUUUUACACUUUUUUUAAUUACAGAUUAUGGGAUUAUGAACAAACUUUACAAGAAUCAUCUAUAGGUCAGGAGGAAUGACCAUGUUAAAUUUAGUUGCGAUCCAUUGUUGAGUUUUCUUGUGAUUAACAGACAGACAGUCAUACUGAGCUUUAUAUAGUAGAUUAAGAUAGUUGUACUCUUGUCAUUAUCAAUUUAAAGACAUUUACAGAAAAUGUGUACAAUUUUAACAAAAAACAAUCCAAUUUUUGGAAGACCUUGUUGGCCUCAAUCAGUUUAGGUAGAAGGAAAAAAUGUAGAAUACGGUAUGGGAAAACCUGAAAAAACACUUACCAGGUAUCAUCAAAAGCAAUACUAGUUAUACACUACACAUAGUAACCCUUAUUUGGUAUCAUAGAGGAUUUGCUUUACAAAAUGGGGAUUUCUACUACCACUACCAGUUUGGUUUUCUUGCUUUUCCUAUCACUAUUAGUUUAAAAGAUUUAUUUAGAUCAAUCUGCAAAUCUAUAAAUGUUCGGACUGUUAGAGGAUCAUGUCAGCAAUGAGUAAUAAUCAACAUAGUUUAUCAAGUUGUUAAAUUUUGUUACAAAACAAUUGUUUAUUGUUGUCAUUAUUGUGCUAUUUUAUGAAGUAUUUAUUUUUUAAAGUUUUUAGCUUCUCAUGCAAAUAAUAAUAUGAAAUUGUUUAAUGCAUCAUGCAAAAUAAACAUUUAUUAUUAUUUUGCAGAGUUACUUAUACCAGAUCACAGAAGCUAUUUUGUUCUGUCACAAACGUCGAGUACUCCAUAGAGAUCUCAAACCUCAGAACUUGCUAAUCAAUGAUAAUGGUGUGAUCAAACUGGCUGACUUUGGCCUUGCAAGAGCUUUUGGUAUUCCAGUGCGUGUUUAUACCCACGAGGUAAUUUCUUUUGAAAAUUUCAGAAUUAAUCAUAGUUAUUAUAAGAAGUUUACCGCAAUUGUAAAGCAACACAGUAUUAACGGUGUCCUUCAUAUUUCGUAGGUUGUAACUUUGUGGUACAGGGCACCAGAAAUUUUAUUGGGAUCUCAACGUUAUUCUGUUCCUGCUGACAUCUGGAGCAUUGGGUGUAUUUUUGCUGAAAUGGUUACUAGACGUCCGUUGUUUCAUGGUGACUCUGAAAUUGACCAACUUUUCCGUAUAUUCAGGUAGUCUAAUUUAAAUUUUCUAAUUUAUAUGGUAUUGCCACUUAGAUUAAAUUUAUAGUUGUUUUUUUUCUCCUGAUGUCCAUUUCUUAUCAAGUUUAAAGACUUGAAUUUCACUUUUCUUUAUUCCUUUUAAAACAUCUGCUUUUAUCAGUUAAGUUUAAGUAAGACUAAUGCAGAUUUUUUUUGUUUUGGUUGAGAAAGUUUAAAAAAAUUGUUUAUGUCCCAACAGAACUUUAACCACACCAACAGAAGAAACCUGGCCAGGUGUGUCACAGCUCCCUGACUUUAAACCUUCAUUUCCCCAUUGGAAAACAAAUCAGCUUGCAUCAAGCGUUAAACAGCUUGAUCCCCUUGGCUUGGAACUUUUGCAGGUGGGUCAUAUAAAUUUUUAUCUUUUAUGUAAUAGGUACUGUAUGAUCUAUCUUGACAGCAUAUAUUAAAUAUACUAUUUAUAUAUACACUAAAUUUAGUGAAAUUUUUAUAUUAAACAAGCUCCAUAUGGGUUUUUUAAAAGACAAGAAUUAUGUAGAUGAUAAUUUAGUUCGGAUGGAUGAGGGAGGCUGAAACUUUAACACUUUUUUAUCUCAUUUCUAUUCCUUUAUCAAGUAUAUACACUUCUCUUAAGAAUAAAAAAUGUAAAUUAGAAUUUGUGUCAAAACUCACUUGAUCUGCCUUAAUAAAACCUUUUAAAAUUCAAUAGCAAUUUGUCUGUCAAGAAGUACAUUUAGCUGGUCAUGCUCUGAAUAUUUAAUUUUUAGUGGGAUCUGAUUACAGAAAAAUUGAAGCAUUCAACGUUUAGUUUAUUAUACUGAACUUGUGAGAAAGUAUAAAUAAGGCUUUAAAUAUAAAAAAAAAAAAAUUAAUUCUUUAAAUAUAUAUACACAUAUGAAGACCUCAAGGGAAAAAACGGCAGAGUCCAUUUUUAAUUUUUUUGAGUUAUCACCCCUGACUUAUAGCUAGUUAAAAAUAGAAGGUGCUGAAUUAAGUUUAAAGGAGAAAAAAUGGGCAAGUCCAUAAGAAAAAUGGAAACGAAAAAUCCGUAUACAAUGGAAAAAGAAGCAGAGUCCAAUGUUUACAAUGGAAAAAGGGGCUAAGUCACUAUUAUCACGUGACAUUUGAAGUCACGUGAUUUAAAGGUCCAAUGAGAGAUAGCUAUAGUGUAAACAAAAUUUAAAGAUGGCGACCGAUUCGCUCAGCUGACCGACAAACCGACGAAAAAGUUAACUGACAGACCUGAAUUUUUUUAAUUUCCUACCACAAGAAAACAAAACAAAUUAACAUAAGCACGAUAAAUUGGACUUAAAACAUUAACAAAAAUAAAAUUUGUAUUUUUAAAUCGCAUUUUACCCUUGUUUUGUUAUGUUCAGUUAAUUAAUGUGUGUAUCCGUCUUGUCUCUUUCGCUGUCGCUCUAGUCAAGUCUAGUCUAUCACUUUUUGUUGCAUGUCUGUGUCUCUCCUUGUCAGUCUAUCUCAGUUAGUUUGUAUAUCUCUCUCCCUUUCGCUCUAACUCUGUGUCUGACUCCCCCUGAACUCUUUAUCUUCGAGUGUCUGUCUUGUUAUCUCUGUCUGUUACUCUUUACUGACUUUACUCUUAAACUUAAGUUCAUACAGUUACAGCUACUGCUAGAGGAAAAAAAACUAAUAUAUGGCCAAAAUUGUAAGAAGCACAUCAGAAACUUAGAAAGUAUGAUUUUAAAUCUGAUUUUCAGGUUAAAUUCUAAAUAAAAUAUUUUUUUAAUGAUAGUUAUAGGCAUGAUAGAUAUUCUUAUUUUAAUAGUUUAAACAAAAAUAAUUUGCCUCAGGCAGGGGUCAUUCGUAAAUUACAUCACGUUAAAAAUAAACUUUUUAGACACCCCCUCCCCUUGUCACGAAAUUUCACAAAUUCUCCCCCUCCCCCCUUGUCACAUCACCUAAAAAAACUCAAAACAUACAUAAAAUUUUCAUAACUAAACUAAGAUAUUAUUUUAUUCUUCAACAUUUUCCCAUAAUGCAGCAGUUCUAAACCUGUGGGUGGCGACCCCUUUAUGGGUCGAAUGACUCCUUUAAAGGUGUCACAUAAGACAAUCGGCAAAUGCAUAUCCUCUACAGUUAUGAAGUACUAACGAAAAUAGUUUUAUGGUUGAGGGUCGCCACAACAUGAGGAACUGCAUUCAAGGGUCGCGGCAUUAAGAAGGUGGAGAACCACUGCUAUAAUGAUAAGAUGCAGUAUUACUAGAAAACCGAGUUUCAUGGUACCAUACUAUAAUACCUGAGGCAAAGUUGACCUCAAAUUAAUGUUUUAAAAAUCAAUUAAAUUAUGAUUUAUUUUAAAUAGAUAUUUAGCAAUGAUCAAACCUUGAUAAAUUACUACAAGGGAAAAAACGGCAGAGUCCAUUUUGACCCCACUCUCUACUAUAAUGAAAUAAAUCAUGUUACAUUCAAGUUUGAAUUAAUUUAACUAUUUAAUAACUCAGGGAAAUGGACACUCUUGUGAAAUGCAUUUUAAAAAUUACAUUUUGUUUACACAAUUUUAAUGUGCAUGGUUUUGAACUUUAAAAAUCGAAUAUCUCAAAACAACAAAAAUGUGACUCUGCCGUUUUUUCCCUUGUGGUCUUCAUAUGUAAUUGUUAAAUAAUUUAAAGAAUUUUUAUCCAUUCCAAUAGCGUCUUAUUUUUCCUUGGGUGUCUGUUGCAGUGCAGUAUGUGCCAAAAGUAACUGCUGAAAUUUCCACAUCUUUAACUUAUGUGUUUGUCAACGUUUCAUAUUUCCAGCCUGCAUGUGUUCUCAGUCGUGAAGAGAAAUAAAUGUUUGGCAUUUGUUGCAACUGGGGGCUCUUGAUGGAGAAAAAUAUAUUCAUAGCUGAUCAUUAUUUUCGCUCGUACGAAAGUGAUGAAGUGAUUGUAAUGGGGACAAAUAACGUGACAGAACAAUUCAAAGACAGGUUUAAAAGAUGGCGCGCGUAAUGUGUCAAUGAGGAAAUCUGGUCGAACUGUAGGUUUUUCAAUAAUGAUAAUCAUCCCUGUUUUCUCCAGAAAGUGUUCCGUUCGCUCCUACGAAGUCUUUGAGGAACAUGUAACAAACUGAACAUCUGCAGUAUGUCUUUUCACCAUUGUUUAAGGACGUGCAUUUUCGUACCAAAUACUGGUCAAUGUAUGGGGGAGCCAAAUAUGCAAUCUGGGAUAAUGUAUUUCUGUCUAUGGUGAAAGAUGACCCAGAGUCUUACAUGAAUAACUGGUUCUGUUACAAAAGUCACAUACACUUACAGAUCAACCAGUCUUUUUCCUUCUGAUAACCUUUCCAUAAUCAUUUAAUUUGGUGAAUUCUUUUUUUUUUAAAUCUCUCUCACAGUUGUUCAAACACUGUCACCAUUUACAUUCACUAACUUAUGAACAAAGAUAUUGCUCAUAUAUUAAUACUUUUUUUCUCUGUGGAGAUACCCAUUUCCAAAAACUGCUCAACAUGUUAGACUCUACACUUUUCUACUCUGUGGCUGGAGCUAUGUACCGCUGUUCACAAACGGAAGUACACGUUCAAGAUGUGGGAGUUUCAGUACGACUAGUUUUGGAGCAUACUGUAUUUAUUAAUAAUCAAUAAUAAUCGGCAUCCUUCCGUCUCGUGAGACGAUGGUGCAUCACCGUUUGGUUGGGUUGCAUUUUCUCGAGUGGCUGUGCAGUCCUAUCCUUGAGUGACAGUCUUUACCACAGUUUUUACACACGAGUUCCGUGCUUCUAAAUGUUUUGGCCUUUCUCCUAGCUCUUCUGUCUGCAGCCUCUUCCAUUCUUCGCUCCUCGGCUAACAUGACGCCCUCUUUGACAACUGUGCGCCACGUAGAUCGGUCUUUUGCCUUACACUCCCAGUCACUUGUAUGUAUUUUGGCUGCUUUCAUGUCCCUUUGACAGACAUCUUUAAAUCGCAGACGUGGGCGACCUGUUUUCCUCUUUCCCGAAGCAAGUUCACCAUAUAGGAGGUCUUUCGGAAUGCGGCCGGGACUCAUUCUUUUAACAUGACCUAGCCAUCUCAGGCGUCUUUCACUAAGGAUUGUGAACAUGCUUUGGGUAUUCGCACGCAUUAGGACCUCACUAUUAGUCACUUUUUCUUGCCAUUUAAUACCAAGGAUGCGACGCAGGCAUCUCAUAUGGAAGCUAUUAAGCUUGCGCUCUUGGGAUGUAUAGGUGGUCCAUGUCUCGCUCCCGUAUAGUAGUGUACUGAUGACACAAGCUCGAUAGACGCACAGUUUGGUUUUCUCCGUUAGCUUGGUGUUUUGCCAGACCCGUUUAUUUAGUUUAGCCAUUGUGGCAGCUGCCUUGCCGAUUCUGCUGUUAAUUUCUUCUUCAAUGGACAGUGUAUUGGAGACCUUGGACCCCAAGUAGGUGAAGCUGUCCACAACCUCCAAGUUUUCAUUAUCGAUUUUUAUGUUAGGUGGAGGUCGAGUGUCUUGGGCCAUGAUGUUUGUCUUUUUCAAGCUGAUUUGCAGACCAAAUUCUUUCAGGCAUUGGAGAAGCUUGACACGAGUUGUUGCAAACCAAUUUCUGUGUGUGCUGUUAGUGCCGCAUCAUCCGCAAAUAGUAGCUCGCGAAUUAGGACAUCUGUCGUUUUGGUCUUGGCUCGGAGGCGGGCAGUGUUGAAAAGUCCUCCAUCAGCUCUGGUGUGUAACCAGAUUCCCUCACUGCUAUCCUUGAAUGCGUAUCGGAGUAGUACAGAGAAGAAUAUUGCGAACAGUGUUGGUGCGAGUACACAACCUUGUUUAACUCCGCUGCUGACUGGAAAGGCUUCUGACUUGGCUCCAUCGAACUGCACUGUAUUUAUUAAAUUUAUAGUUACCAAACGCAGUGCUGAAGUGAUAGAGCGUUUCAGAACGAAGUUUGCACAGGCAAUGGGCAGACAACACGACCGCCAGCGGCAUCUCUUCAAAUCUGCCCACUCCUAGCAAACAAGACACAAAUGCGCACCGAGCAUUGCCCCAAAUGCACAUACUUCUGGCGGCUGGACAACUACAGGGAUCCUACCUGCCGGAAUUGCAGCCUGGUCCCGGAGACACGAGCGCACCUGUUGACCGAAUGUCCCUCACUAGAUGUCCUGGGGGAAGCCAGGGCGGUUGGAGAACCCUUUGUGAGGAAAAUUUUGUAUGGCUCAGCAGAUGGAGCUGGUGGUCAAUUUACUAGCCGGGGUCUUAAGAGAGUAAUCUCAGACCUUCAACAGAAUAUGUGUGUUAGUUAGUUUGACAAGUUUAAACUACUAUCAGAGUUUAGUAGGACUCUGGGUUCUUAAAAAUUUAAGUCUCAUUGUAUACAGUGACCAUAGCGUUGAGGGUGAGCGCACUGGGAUCAUGAUUUGGAUCAUGAUGUGUGAGUUGUAAUAUUAUGUUUAGAUAUUAUUUGGGGGUGAUAAACAAAUGAGUAGUGAUAAAGAGUUAGUGUAAACAGAAGUUAAGUCAGUUCUUAUUAGUCCCAGUAUAGUUUUCUCACACUGAUUUUGGUUUCUAGUUGAUCCUCAGUGUUCCUGAAUGUUGAAUGUUAGUUCAUGGUCAUGAACUCAGGUUGGCGUCAGCCAUCUUGUUAACUAUGAAAGUGUUUUUAGCUAUUGCUAGUGUUUUAGACCCCUAGUCAGAAGUAUUUAAGGGGUCGGUCAGGACCUCAACCAGAGAUCCAUAACAGUCAUACACUUUAAAAAAAGUGUACUUAAAGAAGUGUUGGCAAAACAGUAAGAUUGCUUGUCCAUGUCAUGCCAUUAAAUUUUUUGUACUUUUUUUUUCUUAAGGAGAUGCUAAUUUAUGAUCCAGCUCAAAGAAUACCCGCAAAGGAUAUUUUGGAACAUCCAUAUUUUAAUGAUUUGGAAAAAAAGACUCUUCCAGCAAAAAAUUUUACACCCAUGGAGAUGUAUGAUUAAUGUUUUUGAGUAGUAAACAAUGUAUAUUUUUCAAAAUCUGCUCUCAACUGAACCUGUAUCCAUUUUAAUGCUGGAAAUCUUUUUCUGCCUCUUCCCUUUGUCUGGGUUAUGAAAGUUGUGAGAUUGCUUUACUCUUUUCCUUUAAUUUUAUGUAAAAUUUGUUCUACUAAAAAAAUAUGCUGAAAAUGGAAUAACUAAAUAAAUAUUGUAUGUAAUAUAUCAAUAUCAUGUCUCUGUACCUACAUUUUGUCUCAUUGUGUUGAAAAUGUGAUGUUAUUAUAUUGAGGUAUCCAUUCUAAUUUUGCCAGGUUAGUGUAUAUGAUGACCAUGUUGCUAUAAAUGACAUUCUUUCUAUUAGGUUCAAAUGAACCAAAUUGUACAAUAAAAGAACUAAGGUUCCAUCAGCAUUCAUUUAGAGUAGAUUUUUGAAAGUCACCAAUUAAGCUUUCAAUAAUAAAGAAAAUGAAAUAAUGUCACAAUUAGUAUUUUUUUUAUACCUUGAAAUAGAUUCUGUGCAUAUUGUAUAUUAUGCUGAUUUUUUGUUGGAUGUACAAAAUUACUACCAGAAUAUUAAACAUCAAUAAUUAUAUAAAUUA